AUGAGUGUCGUCGGCAUAGAUCUCGGCUCGAUGAGCACCAAGAUCGGUGUUGCAAGGAAUAAGGGCAUUGAUAUUGUGGUGGCUUUCGGUCACAAGAGCAGAUUUCUUGGUGAGGCCGCGAAGACCCAAGAGAUCUCCAACCUAAAGAAUACUAUCGGCUCCCUGAAGCUUCUUGCGGGCCGAUCGUUUAAGGAUCCCGAUGUCCAAUUGGAGCAGGAAUACAACACAGCGAAGUUGAUUGACGUUAAUGGCGAAGCCGGCGUGGAAGUAUCUUAUCUGGGCAAAAAGGACCAGUUCACCGCGACCCAGCUUAUUGCUAUGUACCUGAGAAAAAUCAAAGCCACCGCAUCCAACGAGUUAAGACUCCCCGUAUCCGAUGUCGUCAUCAGUGUUCCGCCAUGGUUCAUUGAUGCUCAGCGACGGAGCUUGCUGGAUGCUGCAGAAAUCGCCGGGUUGAAGUGCCUUCGCCUCAUCAACGAUACCACUGCCAUUGCUCUUGGCUACGGUAUCACCAAACUUGAUCUUCCCGGCCCAGAGGAGAAGCCAAGACGCGUUGCUUUUGUCGACAUUGGCCACUGCAACUACGCCUGUGCCAUCGUUGAAUUCCGAAAAGGCGAGUUGAAUGUCAAGUCCGUUGCCUAUGACCGUCAUUUUGGUGGCAGAUAUUUCGACAAAGCGCUUGUGGACCAUUUUGCCAAAGAAUUCAAAGAAAAGUUUAAGAUUGAUAUCAAGACGAACCAAAAGGCGUACUCCCGAACCCUUGCUGCUGCCGAGAAAAUGAAGAAGAUUCUCUCUGCCAAUGUCUCUGCACCUUUGAAUAUUGAGUCGUUAAUGGAUGAUGUCGAUGUGCGCACAUUGGUGAAGCGUGAAGAGAUGGAAGAAAUGGUCCGACCCCUCCUGGAUCGCAUAACAAUUCCUCUCGAACAAGCUCUCGCCGACGCCAAACUGAAACCCGAUGACAUUGACAGUAUCGAAAUGGUCGGCGGCUGCACACGUGUCCCAAUUAUCAAAGAAAAAAUCAGCGACUUCUUUGGAAAGCCGCUUUCUUUUACUCUUAACCAGGACGAAGCUGUUGCACGUGGCUGCGCUUUUAGCUGCGCUAUCCUCUCUCCCGUCUUCCGUGUUCGUGAUUUCUCUGUUCAUGAUAUCAUCAACUAUCCUAUCGAAUUUACAUGGGAGAAAUCACCAGAGAUCCCCGAUGAAGCUACAUCCUUGACCGUGUUCAACAAGGGUAACGUUCUGCCUUCUACUAAGAUCCUUACCUUCUAUCGCAGACAACCAUUCGAUUUGGAAGCUCGAUAUGCUAAACCUGAAUUGAUCCCUGGUAAGCCCAACCCUUGGAUUGGCCGCUUUUCCGUCAAGAAUGUAGCUGCGGAUCCAAACGACGAGUUCAUGGUUUGCAAGUUAAAGGCAAGACUCAACCUGCACGGUGUUCUCAACAUUGAAUCCGGCUAUUACGUCGAAGAUGUGGAGGUUGAAGAGCCUAUUCCUGAAGAGAAGAAGGAAGGUGAUAGCAAGGUAUUUUCUAACCUGAAGAACCUUUUUAAACAGGCUAUGGAUACCGACGGUGCCAACGGAGAAGCUGAAAAGCCAAAGAUGCGCAAAGUAAAGAAGCAGGUGCGCAAAGGCGAUCUUCCUGUUGUCAAUGGCACUGCCUCUCUCGACAAGACAAAACUCAACGAGUACACCGAGAAAGAAGAAGCCAUGCACAUGGAAGAUAAGCUUGUUGCAGAUACCGAGGACAAGAAGAAUGAACUUGAAUCAAUGAUUUAUGAACUUAGAGAUAAAAUCGAUGGUGUUUAUGCUGAAUUUUCAAAUGACGACGAGAAGCAGAAGGUUAAAGCUAAGCUCGAUCUCGCAGAGGACUGGCUAUACGAGGAGGGCGAAGAUACCACCAAGGCCGUCUAUACCGCUAAAAUGGAAGAAAUCCGCUUCCUUGUCGGACCCAUUGUCCAGCGCUACCAUGAUAAACAAGAAGCGGAGCGAGAAGCUCAGAUGAAGGUUCAGGAAGAAGCUGCUGCAAAAAGGAAAGCGGAAGAAGAUGCCAAGAAGAAGGAUACUGCUGAUCUGGAAAUGAAAGACGCUGAUGCCGAGGCCCAGAAAGCUGGCAACGAUGCUAAUAUGGAGGAAGUUGAGUAG